AUGCAGCUGUUCCGAUGCACCGGAAAACGUUCUGAAGAGCGGCGUGCUCUCUUUCGUCACAUGGACCAACCGGUCAUGCACCCAAUAUCCGGCCAACUUUAUUGUCCACGAAACGUUUUCCGGCAGUUUGAAUGCGUUCGAUUCGAUACAGAAUCAAAUUGUGAACGAAGUGCAGCUGUUCCGAGGGACGGAAAAUGUUCUGAAGAGCUGCGUGCUCUCUUUCAUCACAUGGACCAACCCGUCAUGGACCCAAUGUCCAGCCAACUUUAUUGUCUACGAAACGUUUUCCGGCAGUUUGAAUGCGUUCGAUUCGAUACAGAAUCAAAUUGUGAACGAAGUGCAGCUGUUCCGAUGCACCGGAAAACGUUCUGA